UCUUUUGCUAGGUUUAUUUUAUACUUCGAUUAUCAGGCUUGUGCUUGCUUUGGGAAAUGGAUAGAAACUUGAUUAAGUUGCCAUGUCCAUGUAUUCCAAAUAUAAAAAUAAUAUUUUGUGCUAUACACUGGAACAACUAUUUUCUACAACAUUGUUCAAUACUAUUGUAUAUCUUGACUAGUAAAGCGUACACAAUAAUGUUUCUCACACGUUUUGAUUUCAUUCAUGUAUAAUAUAUGGCUUGCUUGGAUGGUGGUAUGCUAGGAUGAUGUGACUGUUGGCCCAAUGUUUUGAGUCUGAUAUGCAUGGAGAUAUGCAUUUCAAUGUGGAUAACAUAUCUUAUAAGGUAACACUUUAGGAAUUGAAGUAAAUGAUAAUCUAGACUUUUUUGGCAUUCUUUUCCUCAUUAUCAUUAAAGAUUUCCUAGAGGAAGAACCAAGCUAACAUUCAAAGGUAGAGAAAUUUUGAGCCCUCUAGUCGUUAGGGUCAGUUAACGGGAACAAGGCAUGGAAGCAGGUGGCUGGAGACCAGUGGUACGCAAGCAUGGAGGUAUAGGGAAUAAACAUCAGAGGGGGGAUUCAGGCAUCCAUACGGUUUUUGUGGAUAAUUUACCAGAGUCAAUGGACCCAAAAGGGUUGUAUACUUUGUUCACUCACUUCGGAGUGGUGCAGGACGUUUUUAUACCACAUAAAAGAAGGAAGAUGACGCACUCCAGGUUUGGAUUCGUGAGAUAUUACUGCUCAAUCACAGCAAACAUGGCAGUCCAGAAAGUAACUGGAUUGUGGUGUGACAGCAGAGCCUUAACAAUGAAAGUUGCAGAGUUUGUUCGUCGUGUUGAAGCACAUAAAAGGCCUUUACAGAGUUCAAUCCAAAGAAAGGAAAUGGGAGGUACGGGAACGGUGUCUUGGAAGCUAAAAGGUAAAGAAUCCUUUGCCCAGGUAGUAAGUGGGAAAGGGUCAUUCACUAAUGCAACUUUAACUGUAAAAGUUUAUGAAGUAGGGAAUGGAUGGUUGCACACCAGUGCCAUUGUGCGAUUAAAGCUGCUGUACUGUGGGGCAGAUUUCAAAACAGAGUUGAGGUCUAGAGGCAUGGAGGAUAUUGAGGUUCGAGAAGGAGGGAGUAGAGACAUAGUUCUAUCCUUUCCAUCGGUGGAAAACAUGCGUGAAAAACUCAAGCUAAUGGAGGUUUGGGUUAAGGAUUGGGCUGAAUCGGUUACAGAAUGGAAACAGGGGAUGUCCAUUACACAAGAAAGAGAUGUCUGUUUGAGCUGUUAUGGGAUGCCCCUAAACGUUUGGAAUAACAACACCUUCUAUUCAAUAGGCAGAUUAUGGGGGGAAGUGACUGGUCUUGCUGAUGAUACAUCCAAUAUGGAAAACCUGAUUUGCGGCAAGGUUCGAAUAGUCACCAAGUGCAUGGAAUCCAUCAAUAAAACAAUCAAUUUGGAUUGCAAAGGGGUACUUUAUCCGAUAAAAGUUUGCGAAGAUCAGAUUGUUACUGCGAAGGUGGUGAAUAAACACUGUAUUUGCCAUCAUCAACAUGGUGUUAGUGUCAAUCAUAGCUCUUAUGGGGAUGAGGUUACGCAGAGGGUGGAAGCAGAGAGUAAGCAAGAAAAUGGUGAUGAUGACGUGGAGGCACUAGCAGGCAAUGAGGUGGACAAUGAUGGAGACGUAGCAGUAACGUGUAGUGACCCAAGAAAUGAUGAUUGUAAUGGCAGGGAAGGGGAGGCUAGCUGUAAGAGCAUCUCUGUGGUGGCUCAAACUGUCAGCGGCAUGGAGAAAGCAAUUUCUGGGGGCACAUGUGGGAGUAGGGAGGUAGCUCUGGUGAUGAGCUCAAUCAACGUUCAAAAUGGGGUGAAUAGGCCUGUUGAUGGUGAUUUUAGUAACCCAGGCCUCUUAAAAAGUCUAAGUGGAUCUGAUUUAUUAAGGCUUGGGCUCAACAUUGAGGUUGUCUUGACUAAAGCCCAUGAACUAAAUGAUGUGGAAACCCAAACCCACAAACCACCUGGAACUAAAACAGUGGAGGCCCAAACUGACUUAGAAGACUCUAUUCAACCUUGUAGUGUUGAAGAACCAAUAGCCCGAAAUGAAAGAGACGUCAGAAGCGAGAUUUUGGGUUCUUCUGCAGAAUCAAUUCAGAAGAGGGUAGCCAUCUAGAGGGUGCAAAAUCAUGAUCUCCCUAAUAAUCAUCAUAAGAAAAAAGGUAGUCUCCAAAGGGACAAAUCAAUGGUGGGAACCUCUCUAAAUUUGAAGAAAGGCGCAGUGUUUCGGUCGGCGGUAGCAGCCCUCUCACUCUCAGCGGCAUUUGAAGCAAACAGUAGGAGAUUAUUACUCACUAAGGCUGAAGCAUCACUCCAAAUUGGGCGUACUCUUGGUGUGAACUGUGAAGGGAAUAACGAUGUUGUCCUCAACAAACUAAUAGAUUUGGAAGUCAAUGACAAAGAAAAAAUGAGGAUUAGGGGUGGGGAUGCUUGUUAAGCAGCUGCCCCGGGGGUUUUAGGCGUUGAAAAAUGUUCUUUUUAUGAAGCUUAUCUUUUGGAAUGUAAGAGGGUUAAGAAGGCCUGGGAAAAUGAGGAAGAUUAAACAAGUGUUCUGUGAAAGAAGGGUUGAUAUGGUUCUACUACAAGAAACUAAGAUAUCCACAAUUGAUGAAAAAUUUGUUAGAUCAAUCUGGGGCAGAGAUCAAA